CCCACUUACGCGUCGAUGUCGCGUCUCUCUCUUACACUGAACAUUGUACAUUCCCUCUUAAUCUCAUCUGUGCUGUAGAAAUGCUUAUCCGAAUCAGAUCCAAAGAUGGCAAUUUUAGGCAUGAAUUCGACGCUAACGCAGACGCUCUGGUACUACUUCAGAAGAUAUUAGAGAGUGCACCCAACGCCGAUCCAGACACUGUCACCAUUUCCAACCAGCCUCGAGGAGGAGAAACAAAGUUGACAAGCUUGAAAGGACGGACUUUGAAAGCCUUGGGACUGAACCAUGGAGAUCUUGUCUUCGUACAAUACAAGGAAAAGUCUUCAGGUCCUUUAGUCACGGAAACACCAAAAUCUAGCAAGGUUGCAUCCUCUACCUCGGUGAAUGGAGGCCACAGACCUUGGGAGCUUGUACAAGAGGACCCUGUGGAUAUGUACUGGAGAUCAAGAGAUGGUAAAAUUCCUCGCGAGCGUGACCUUCAGUUUUGCAAACACGGUCCGAAAGGAAUGUGCGACUACUGUAUGCCCUUGGAACCUUACGACAUUGCUUACCAUAAAGAACAUGGUAUAAAGCACCUUUCAUAUCAUGCAUAUCUCCAAAAGAUCACGCCAAAGUCUUCUGGUGCAGCUCAAUAUAUUCCGCCUCUCAAUCCGCUCGACUAUCGAGUGAAGGUUCCCUGUCCGACUGGCAAUCAUCCAUCCUGGCCAUCUGGAAUUUGUACUAGCUGUCAACCGUCUGCUAUCACUCUCCAGUCUCAACCCUUCCGAAUGGUCGACCAUCUUGAGAUCGCAUCGACAAACGUCAUUGAUCGUUUCCUACAAGCGUGGCGAAGGACGGGGAUGCAACGAUUCGGGUGGAUGAUAGGACGGUAUGAACCAUAUGACAAAGUUCCGAUGGGUGUGAAAGCUGUUGUAGAAGCAAUCCAUGAACCUCCUCAAGAAGGUGAACUCGAUGGCCUCACACUCGGACUCCCCUGGGAAGACGAGCCGCGCGUACGGAGCUUAGCAUCUAAGGGCUCCACACCUUUGACCAUCGUCGGGUACAUUUUUACAGACUUAGAUCCUCGGGAGGAUGAUCGAACAAAGAACGUUUAUAAAAGACACCCAGGCUCUUUCGUAAUGUCCUCUUUAGAGGCCAUUUUUGCGGCCGCUAUGCAAGCAGCUAACCCUACACCUUCGAAAUCAUCCUCGUCUGGCAAAUUCUCUUCGCGUCUUGUGACAGCAAUCUUGACAGGAACAGAAGAUGGAGCUAUCGACGUGUCGGCGUAUCAGGUGUCGGAACAAGCUACCGCUAUGGUGGAAGCUGAUAUGAUCGAAGCCAGUGUCGACCCAGGUAUUGUACGCGUCAAAGAGGAGGAUCGAAGUGUAGAUUCUGCAAGAUAUGUCCCCGACGUCUUCUUUUCCUACAAAAACGAGUAUGGUUUGGAGGUGAAGAAAAGCGCCAAACCUGCAUUUCCAGUAGAAUAUCUGAUCCUCAACGUCACCCAUGGUUUCCCUCAGAACCCUGUGCCCCUAUUCCAAUCCACACAAUUCCACAUUGAAAACCGUCCUGGUCUUGAAAACCCAACAGUCGAAGGGGUUCUUUCCCAACUCUCCGCUCUGGGUGCGCCCGAUAUCCAAGAUAGCCGGCAUAGGAAGCCGGGAGAGGCUCAGAAGGUCUUUGAACUGGCGAAAUUUUUGAGCGAUUGGCAUCUUAUUGCUUUCCUCGACACUACGCAACUUUUCCCACCUGACGACAUGAAUGUGCUCAUGCAAAUCGCGACAUCGACAACCCUCAUGAGCGAUCCGAGUCAGCUGGACCCUUUGCUCGCUACAGACGGAUGGCAAACUCUGAUGACGUUCACCAGGGAGCACGCUCCUCAACAAGGCUCGACUCUCGGAUCAAUGAUGGAUGAAGAUAUACCUCAGGAUAUCCUCGACCAAAUAGCGGCGGAACAAGCUGCAGCUUCUGGACCACCGUCUGGUAUGGCUUCUGGCGUGGCGUCGGGUGCGGCGACGCCAGGUAUCAAGACGUGUCCUCAUUGUACGUUCGAGAACGACUCUACGAGGUCAGAUUGCGAAGUCUGCGGAUUGCCGUUAUCAUAGUCGAAGUUGGGUAAUUUUCCACGGACUUUCCAAUGGCGAGUGGACGAAGUAAAAAGAUGAAAUGUAACAUUUAAUCGUUUAUAAAAAUACCGAGCACCUUCUAGAAUUGAACGAAAUUUUCAUGUCAGUCCUUACUAUGGUUCACAGGGUACUUCCGUAAACAGGGUACUUCCGCAUUUUCGAAAAUCUCAUAUUUUGAACGUUUUAGGUCGAUA